UAAGCGAAAAAAAACAAGAAUACGCUUAAUUGCAUCGUAAUACAGGAAGUAGACCUAUUUUGUUUCAGCAAUGGUAUUUCUAAAUAUUCUGAACUUUAUCAGAUCUUUUCAUGGCACGAUUUACAAAUUUAGUUUGUUUAAUCUAAUUUUCUAGACCCUAAAUAAUAGACUAUCUGUAUUGUAAGUUAUUCUACGCAGUAUAAAUAAUCAUCUUCAGUAUUCCACAUAGCUACGGUAAAAACACACCAUCCUUUUCAAAAGUUUAUUUGGGGUUUAAAAUUGACAUCAGCGAAAGAUUUGUUAGUAUUAUUAGAUCUAGAGAUCUAGAUCUAGUAUCAUCUAGAUCUAUAGAUUCUAGCCAUUCUAGGUAUAGAUCUAUCUAAAUAUAGGCCUAUUCACUUUACACAUAGAUCUAAUUUUAAAAAGUCUACAUAAAUUCUGGAAAUUUCAAUUGAGGGUGUGGUAUUUGAGGACCAUCUCACGUUCUUACACCUUUUGAGAGCUUUAUAUUUGUAUUGCCGCAAAAUAAAGUUUAGCAGGAGUAUAGUAGGCCUACGUUGACUUUAUGGAGGAAGGUUUACUGGGAAUAAACAGAUGACCAUUGUAGUUCUGUGUUUCUUUCUUGGGAGCUUCUUUCUGAAUCCUAUGCUGGUUUGUGCAGGUGAAUACCGUUCGGCCACCUUAGGGCACCAUUAUAUAUUAUCUCUCCCAAGUGUACCGGAGAAUGAACAUAGCCAGGUUGUUUUCUACCUUGUAACGUUUAUAACCCGUGAUUUUAAAGUAAAGCUUACGACUGAAGGCUACAAAGAUGGCCCCAGUCUCGACUUAGAACUUGAGUUGGACGCCAAAAUACUAACAUCCCAUGUAUUGGCACGCAAAUACUACUUUCACCACGACACAGGACCCAAGUGGGUCUUCCGAUUUCAAGGACUCUCAGAUUUUGGCUUGACGGUCUUGCUGCAAGCAAACUCCGAUUCGGUGGCUACCUUCAUAGCUCUUCCAGACUCAAGUUGGGGAAAGGAGUAUUUCGCUGUCACUUUAGAGACGUCUCCUUUUAUUUUGAUCAUGACCAGUGGAAACUCAACCUUGGUGAAAGUUAAACUCAGGAUAAGCGCAUUGAGGGGGCGUGUAAAUCUGAACCUUAAUUAUCAGGGAGUCAAUUACAAGGACGGCGACUCUUGGACUAUUAUUUUAAAUAGAUUCGAAGCCUUUGAAAUUUCAGAAUGUUCAAAACCAGAAGAACGAGGAAAUUUAUCAGGUUCAAAGAUCACUGCACAACGACCCGUCGGAGUUAUCUCAGGAAGUUGCACUUCUGCCGCGUAUGAACCGGAUACAAAGUGUGACCUUGAACCUAAUGAGCCUAACACCGACUUUUCAGCAGAGAUGAUUGUUCCAUUGGGUGUUUUCGAUAUGUCUUACACCGCCCCCACUUCUCACGAGCGUAAGAUCCAGGGACUCACCUUGAUAAUCUCAUCAAAUAAGAAGAGUAAUAUAAUUUAUUACACAAACCCGCUUGGAAUCACCAGUUCUAGUAGAAUUGAUUCAGAAGAACCAACGUAUAAGUCUAACCUGGUCAACAUUAGAGGAACAAAGCCUUUUCUUAUGUACAACAUUCAGCUCAGCGCGUGCUCGAAGGACGGCCCUGGUGAGAAGGAACACGAGCUUGGAGGCCCCAGCUUAAGUGUGGUGAUCCCUUCCGAGCUUUAUCACUCAGAGUAUAUCACUUGCACUCCUUACGUGAAGGGUGCACUCCAUUACAUCAUACUGGCCACCAAGAGUUCCCAUACGGAGACAAUAGAAAUUGACGAAGACCCUAUACCUCACUAUGCGAAGUAUGUCUCCGUCCUAAACACAGUUGAUGAUGUCGUGGGCAGUGUCAACAUCACAGCGGGCAUUCAUAUAGUGCACUCUGAAAGGGGACAUGCGUUCGGGUGCUAUGUGUACGGACACGGCUUUCACUUCUCCUACAUGCACGCAGCUGGGUAUAAAAGUAAGAAUAUUGACCAGACAUGUAUUAGGCCAGUUGUGAAAAUGCAGCCAGAAGAUAACAUCGAUAAUGACUGUGAUGGAAGAGUGGACGAAGAGAGGAAGGAUAACCAAGAUAACGAUGGUGACGGAGAAAUCGAUGAAGAUUUGAAAAGCCCAAACGCAACAGAGACCACAAGUACAACAAAAAAAGCAAAAGCUAAAUCGUCGGAUAAAUUGCCUAAAGGGCGUUGGCUUAAGUGGAGUAGCUGGAAAUGUACUUUCAAUUGCAACGACACGAGACUAAUUCGAACAAGAGUUUGCGCACCCACCCUUUCGAGCAAAACACCAAUUUGUCAAGGGAAAUCACUGGAGUUCAAACCUGGAGUUUGCUAUUAUCGACAGACCUGUCCGGCUGCCUGUCCGGACUACACCUGGGGAGCUGAUUGUAGGCUAACGUGUAAAUAUUGCUUGGAACCAUGCAAUAAAUUUGAUGGAUCAUGCAGUGGAUGCAUACCUGGGUUUAAAAACCCAAAUGCUGGAUGCAGAUACCAAUGCGAUAAAUUUUAUUUUGGCACCAACUGUACUGGUAGCUGCAUUACAGAGUGUGGAGGGGAUUGUUAUGAAAGAAUUACUGGAUCUUGCUAUACUUCAGGUCUGCCAUUGCUGAUUAUUUUUACAGUAACCACAUUACUGAUCCCUUGCUGUUGCUGCAGAAAUUUUAGGAGUUCAGAGAAGAAAACAGAUGAGGAAGGCGCCACAUCGUCUGCUUGUCAUGAUCAUUAGUGGGCAGUUGGUUUCCUGCCUAAAGAAGGGACCAUACAGUCUACUCAUCAAGCUGUUCCUUACUUAACUUUAAACAUGCAGGAUUCAGGAAUGGGAUAAAAUUGAACACCUUUCAAAUAGAUCUAUACCUUAGCAAUUUUUAGGGCUAUGCUUAUAAAUGUAGGACUAAACUGACAUAGGCCUACGU